AUGCCGCGAUCCAAGCGGCCCAGGUUAUCCGCCGCGCCGCAGCAUACGGCCGGAAACGCGAGCUCCGAGGAUGCAGGAGACGUGCCCGUGCCCGUUCCACCUGGAAACCUCCUUUGCCCGAUCAGCUUGUGUAUGUAUCGAGACCCGGUUGUGGUGGUCGAGUCGGGUCAUACGUACGAUCGGAGCCAGAUCAUGCAACACUUUGCGCGCCGCCAAACGGAUCCGAAAACAAAUCGUCGCCUGCACAGCACGAUGGUGGUGACGAACUGGGCGAUGCGAGACACGGUUCAGGAAUGGCUGGAUCGCCAUCCGGGAUACACGCCCGACGAAUGGGGCAGUAGAGAGCUUCUGCCCGUGCAGGGUGAGGCGCCGGUGGAGACCGCUGACCCCGGCAAUCGCGACGCGUUGAUGCUUCAAAUGUGGCGUGAGUUGUGCCCUGAACUGCGGGCUAUUUGGGGGGAGGGGGAUGAUCCAUCGGAGCAGUGGCGAGGUGUGACGAUGGAAAACGGCCGGGUGGUGAAGCUUGAGUUGAAAGACGUUGGCCUGACCGGAGCGGUGCAGGCGUGCAUCGGGUGGUUCACGUCGCUGAGGGUGUUGUACCUCAACAACAACAAGCUGACGAGCGUGCCGGCGGAGAUCGGGCAGCUCACGUCGCUGGAGGAGUUGCACCUCCACGAGAAUCAGCUGACGAGCGUGCCGGCGGAGAUCGGGCAGCUCACGUCGCUGACGAGCUUGGACCUCAGCAACGACCAGCUGACGAGCGUGCCGGCGGAGAUCGGGCAGCUCACGUCGUUGUGGCAGUUGCAACUCCACUGCAAUCGGCUGACGAGCGUGCCGGCGUCGAUCGGGCGGCUCACGUCGCUGACGAGCUUGGACCUCAGCAACGACCAGCUGACGAGCGUGCCGGCGGAGAUCGGGCAGCUCACGUCGCUGAGAAAAUUGAACCUCACGAACCAUCGGCUAUCUAUCUUGCCAAGAGCGAUAGGCGUGCUGGCCGUGAAUGGGUGCGAGGUGUUCCUGCAUCAUUAG